AUGGCAGACAACGCGCCUCGUAACCGCAGGGAGCGGCGAGCAGCGGCUCGCGAGACUGGCAAGCCUGUUGCAGCGCCGACGUCUGCUCCCAAACUGAAGCUGGCGCAACCCGAUCGAUCGAAGCCAAAGGAUAAGACUUUACUGGAUCUGUACGAAGAGAAGAAAUCUCUUCUCGAACAAGGUCAGCCUUUCGACCUGAAACACGAAGACGGCCUGAUUAGGGACGAAGGUGGUAACAUUCUCGAAGCCGGACUAGGUGAGAGCGAGCCGAUUGGGCCUGUCGGUGACGCUGUCUUCUGGUCUGUAUCGCUAAGCAUGCUGCAUUUCACACUCGAUGUGCUUGUAUACAACCAGUACCGGCAAGAAAUUGAGUGGACACCUAUCUUCAAGCGCACCUUGACCAUUCUACCCGUGCUUUUCCUGCUGAUCCUAAUGUUACGAUCGGAGACUGCUCGAAAAUUCCCAACCGUAAGGCAGACGUUCUUCUUGGUUGCAUCGAUCGUGGCUGGUUGCUACACUAUCCACGUAACCAACCGAUACGAUUAUUAUGCGGUUAUGAAGCAAACGCCUGCCUUGGGCACGCUGUGGAUAUGGAGCUUUAUCGAGAUGAACCUGCCGUUUGCCGGAGCCAGUGUGUUGGCUGAUCUGGCGUAUAUGUGGUACAAGGGUUAUACCAUGUACUGA